CCGCGACUUUUGUUCUUCCUCGCAUUGAAGCCGCCCGGCUCACUCUGUCUCUCGGUUUCUAUCUUGCUUGUUCGUCGAUCCCACUUCCAUCGUCAACGUGGAGGCCACAUCCGCGCGCAUGGCGGCGAGGGACCGCUUUGGUGCCUAUGCUGAGCCGGCAAGGUCAACAUUACAACGCUACAUCUACAAUGCUUGCGACCCCCAGAACUACGAGCCCAACCUUGCUCUCAAUCUGGAGGUUGUGGAUCUCGUAAAUUCGAAGAAAGGCAAUGCCCCUCGCGAAGCUGCUUUUACAAUAGUACAACUCGUCAAUUCUCGGAAUGCCAACGUUGCCCUACUAGCUUUGGCUCUCCUCGAUAUCUGCGUGAAAAAUUGUGGAUAUCCCUUCCACCUUCAGAUCAGCACGAAAGAGUUUCUGAACGAGCUGGUACGCAGAUUUCCAGAGCGGCCCCCUAUGCGGCCCUCGAGAGUGCAGCAAAGAAUCCUUGAAUGCAUCGAGGAAUGGCGACAAACUAUAUGCCAAACUUCGCGAUACAAAGAAGAUCUAGGCUAUAUCAGAGAUAUGCAUCGGCUGCUGCUCUAUAAAGGAUACAUGUUCCCAGAAGUUCGCCGCGAAGAUGCUGCUGUUCUGAAUCCAAGUGAUAACCUUCAAUCUGCGGAAGAAAUGGAAGAGGAGGAAAAGGAGGCUCAAUCCGCCAAGCUUCAAGAACUGAUACGAAGGGGAGGCCCGGACGAUCUGCGGGAAGCGAACCGGCUUAUGAAGAUAAUGGCAGGCUUCGAUACCAGAAACAAAACUGACUAUAGAGCGAAAGCUGCAGAGGAAGUGGCGAAGGUGCAGCAAAAGGCAAAGAUUUUGGAGGAAAUGCUUCAAAAUCAUAAACAAGGUGAUAAGAUUAUCGAGGGAGACGUCUUUGAGGAGCUUGCAAAUGCAUUGCGAAGUGCGCAUCCGAAAAUACAAAAAAUGUGUGAGGAGGAGUCAGAAGAUGCCGAGGCGGUUUCUAAGCUUCUAGAAAUAAACGACAGUAUCCACCGUACGAUUGAACGGUACAAACUGAUCAAGGCCGGAGAUGUCGAAGGAGCUGCGAAGAUUCCCAAAGGAACUCUUGGAACGAGCACCGGAGUGAAGAAGAAUGCCGAAAAUGAACUGUCGCUCAUUGACUUUGAUGAACCUUCUUCGAACGGAAAUGCCGGAGCCACCCAGAGCGCUUCAUCUCUUGAAACCGACCUUCUUGGUCUUUCUUUUCAAGAUUCCUCUCAGCCAAGUGGCUCGAUAUCGCUGCCAUUGGGUCGUGCAGCCGAUGUCUCAACCCAGAACACACUGCCAUCAACUGGCUCACCUUCGGGAACCCCCUCCACCCCCCAACCGCAUAUUCUUGCCCAAAGCAGCACGACAACCAAACCAUCAAUCGCCACCCCACAGAAUGACCCAUUCGCCUCUAUAGUAUCGACGGGUUCCCGCACCUCAUCCCCAUUUCGCCAACUUCAAAGCCAUCAGCUCCCAUCCACCCCCCCAUCGUCCUUGCUUGAUCUUGAUCAGCCAUCAUCCUCGGCCGGCGCCCCGGCAACAGCUAAAGGCUCAGGGGAUGAUGAGUGGACAUUUACCUCUGCUCUGCCGGAAGACUCACUUCCAACUUCUAGUCAAAUCCUGGUUUUGAAUUCCUCGAUAAAAAUAGAGUUCGUCUCACAAAGAAUCCCGGGAGAGAAAAGAAUCCGGGUGAUGGUACAAUUUUCCAAUAACACGAGUCAAGUCAUCUCUGAACUUCACUUCCAAGUUGCAAUCGAGAAGGCGUAUAAAUUGCAGUUAUCUCCACAGUCGGGGAGGCAAAUUGCCCCGUUACAGAAAAACGGGGUGCGUCAAGAGUUGCAAUUACAUGGGAUCGAGCAAGGAAACGGCAAUGGAGUGAGACUUCGAUAUAAGAUCUCCUACAAGUUGGGUCAGGAGAGCAAAGAAGAAGACGGCUAUGUACCCCCACUGGGGAUAGCAUGAGAUGACGAUGAGUGAUGUACUGCUUACUCGAGUCAAUGCCUAACCCUGGACCUUCCUAUAC